AUGUCACGAUUCUUCAGACAAGCUGGCGACUCAGAUUCGGACUCUGAUGAGUCUGAGGAGCUCAUGUCCAGCGACGAGGAGGCCCCCACCACGAAAACCACCACCACGAAGACGGCCAUGUCUCAAUUCUUGCGUACAGCUGGAUCGGAUUCGUCGAGUGACUCGAGUUCGGAUGAGGAGGACAGCGACGACGACGAUAGUGAUGCCCCCAAGAAGAAGAAGAAGGGACUGCCGAGGGCUAGUGACACGGACGAUAGUGACAGCGACGAUGAGGGCAAGCCUGGAAAGAUUAUCAGUGCUGCAGAGAAGCGUGUGCAGGAGAUGGAAGGCACGGGGAAAGCCAUGGAUAAUGCCAUGAAAAUAAAUGACUGGGUGGCCAUAUCCAACGAAUUCGACAAGCUGAUACGUAUGGUUCAACGCCAGAGCACUGUUUCUGAGCCCCUCCCCCCGUUCUUCCUCAAAACUAUAGCCAGUCUUGAGACUUCGGUCACCAACACCAUUGCGAAGGAGAAGGAGGCGAAGAAGAAGAUGAACGCUACCAACGCGAAGGCCUUGACAGCGAUGAGGCAGAAAGUCAAGAAGACUUUGAAGGAAUACGAGAAGGAGUUGAAACAAUACCAAGCCGACCCGGAGACGUUCGAGCGCGACUACCUUGCCACGAUUACUAGGGACACGGCUCCCCCACAGAGAGCGCCGAGGGUGAGAGUAGUCGAGGGUGACGACGAGGACUUCACCACUGUUGUGCCGAAGGGCGUAAAGGCUAUGCAGUUCACGUCGGAAAGUAUAUACAAGAAUCUACAGUCCGUCCAAGAAGCUCGCGGAAAGAAGAAUACCGACCGCGCCGAACAAAUCAAGAUUCUAGAGAAACUCUUGGAGGUUGCUGUCACCUCAUACCAGCGUAUUCGCGUCCUUCUUGCCUUAAUCUCCUCACGUUUCGACUACAACUCAUCUGUGGCCUCCCACAUGCCUGUGGAUCUGUGGAUAUCCGCUCAACGUGAAGUCGACCAACUUGUCUCGAUUGUGGCCGCCGAUUCUUCUUAUUCUAUUCAAGAAAUCACUGAAGACUACGACGAGCUGAUCGAGCGGACACCGAGCGGAGAAAAGGACGGCGUCGUCCGUAUCCGUGGCAGUAUCAUCAGUUUCGUAGAUCGACUGGAUGACGAAUUCACGAAGAGCCUCCAAAACAUCGACCCUCACGGGACGGAAUACGUUGAAAGAUUGAAGGACGAAAAAGUGCUAUACUGCACGAUAUGUAGGGCUCAGGCCUUCUAUGAACAAUCAAAACAAGACGAUCCUCUUGGAAGAGUUGUUAUGAGACGUUUAGAGCGUAUUUAUUCAAAGCCCGACGCCGUUGUUCAAGCUUUGGAAUCCGCCGCGGAGCAGUCCGAUAUUAAGCCUUCCAUGUCCCUUUCAAAGCAGGGCAGUUCGUCGGGCUUGAUACAUGUUCUAUGCGUCUACCUGUACAAGGCUGGAAACUCUUUGCUGCGGACUCGCGCAAUGCUCAGCCACAUCUACCAUCACGCGCUGCACAACGAUUUCCACAGUGGUCGCGAUAUGUUGUUGAUGUCACAUCUGCAAGAAUCUAUCCAUUCCGCCGAUGUUGCAACUCAAAUUAUGUACAAUCGUACUGUUGUUCAACUGGGUCUCUGUGCUUUCCGAUGUGGCCUCAUCAAAGAAGCUCAGGCUACGCUGCAGGAUAUCUUCACCACUCAACGUGUGAAGGAGCUUCUUGCGCAAGGUGUCCACCAACAACGCUUCCAAACACUGUCACCGGAGCAAGAAAAGGCCGAGAGGCAGCGACAACUACCCUUCCACAUGCACAUCAAUACUGAGCUCCUUGAAGCUGCCUUCCUUGUGUCGAGCAUGCUUGUUGAAAUUCCGCUGCUCGCUAGCAUUGAUUCGGAAGAGCUGAAACGAAAGGCGAUAUCCAAGCCAUUCCGACGGUUGCUCGACUUCGCCGAUCGUCAAGUCUUCACAGGUCCUCCCGAGAGUACUCGAGAUCAUAUCAUGCAAGCAAGCAAGGCGCUUCAGGAUGGCGAAUGGGAACAUUGUCGGGACUUGAUCCAAAGCAUCAAGAUUUGGAGCUUGAUGCCCGAAGCUGCUUCUGUCAAAGAGAUGCUGGCGAAACGCAUCCAAGAGCAGGGACUCCGAACAUAUCUCUUCACUUACGCACCCCAUUACACAACUCUAUCCCUCUCCCUUCUCUCCCGCACAUUCUCCCUCCCAUUACGCACCGUCACCUCCAUCGUGUCAAAAAUGAUCUGGAGCGAAGAACUCUCGGCUUCGCUUGAUCAAGCCCAAGGUGUCGUUGUGUUCCAUCGCAUCGAGUUCUCCAGAGCACAGCAACUUGCGCAGACUGUAGCUGAUAAAGUCGCUGCGAUGGUUGAGCAGAACGAGAAGGCUUUGGAUGCUAAGAUGGGUGUUACGACUGGUUGGGGCGAUCGCCAGGGCGCCGACAAAGGCGAAAAGCGUGGAGAACAAACGCAGGAACGGAGAGGACGUGGGGAUCGCACCAGAGGUGCUCGAGGUGGAAUGCGGGGGCGUGGAUCACGAUUUGCUCAGGGUUUGGGUACUGCUCAACGAACGGGAUAG